AUGAGUAAUAUAGAUAAUAGUAAUAAUAGCAAUGAUACAAAUGAUAUAGAAUCAAAUAAUGAUGUAUCAGUAAAGCAACAACAGGAACAACAACAAGUACAACAACCACAAAAAAAGAUAAGAUUUGUCGGUAAAAAAAAGAUUGCAGAAUUAAGACAGAAACAACAGUUGGAAGGCGAACAAUUACAAUCGUUGAAUGAUAAUAAAGAUAUUGUAGUUGCACAGAAUAGUGGUAGUACAAAGCCUAAACCAAAGAUAUUUGGUAGAGCUGUUCAGUCGAAUCAACAACAGAUACCAGACGAGUUGUUAAACGAUGAACAAUUGAAUCAAGCAAUUCAGAUAUUACCACCAAACUACAAUUUCGAAAUACAUAAGACCAUAUGGCGUCUAAGACAAUCGCAAUCGAAGCGUGUAGCACUUCAAUUCCCAGAGGGUCUAUUAAUGUAUUCUUGUAUCAUCUCUGACAUUCUAGAGAGAUUCGCCAAUGUUGAAACUAUCAUCAUGGGUGAUGUAACUUAUGGUGCAUGUUGUGUAGACGACUACACUGCAAGAUCAUUAGGUGCUGACUUUAUGGUUCAUUACGGUCAUUCUUGUUUAGUUCCAAUUGAUGUUAGUGAAAUUAGAAUGUUUCGACACAAAAUUAUUAUUGGUUUCAACUAUUCAGUUUUCUGCUUCAUUACAACAAGAGUUACACUGGCAGAGCAUUUCAAGAAUGUUUUUAUUCCACAGGAAAAACCAUUGUCACAUGGUGAAAUUCUAGGUUGCACAUCACCAAAGAUCAAGUACGACGAUGAUAGCAGUGAUGAAGUAGUCGUAGUUUAUUUGGGUGACGGUCGAUUCCAUUUGGAGUCUAUCAUGAUUUCGAAUCCCACCAUCAAGGCCUAUAGAUAUGAUCCUUACAGCAAGGUGUUCUCGAUUGAGGGUUACGAUUUCGAUCAGAUGCACGCAAUCAGAAAAGAUGCAAUUCAGGUUGCACGUAAAGCCGACCGUUUCGGUAUCAUCUUGGGAACACUUGGUCGUCAAGGUAGUCCAAAGAUCUUGGAGCAUCUCGAAGAUCUACUGAAACGCGCCAACAAAGAUUAUACAGUAGUUUUAUUAUCGGAAAUAUUUCCAUCGAAAUUAGAUUUAUUUAGUGAUAUUCAAACAUGGAUACAAAUAGCAUGCCCUAGAUUAUCAAUUGAUUGGGGAUAUGCUUUUACAACACCAUUAUUGAAUACAUAUGAAGCUGAAGUAGCAUUAAAUGGUAUCGAGUGGCAAACUGUUUAUCCAAUGGAUUUCUAUUCUAAACAGGGUGGAAAAUGGUCAAAUUAUAGCAGCUAA